GUGAAGAAGACAAAGAAAAAAAAAAUCUCUACUUUGAUUCUCUCUCUCUCUCUCUCUCUCUUUCUUUCUUCUCUACUUUAGCUAUUCUCCACUCAUAAGUUUCAUAUCAUCUCUUUCGCUCUCUCUUCAUUGAUCCAAAGGUUUUGAGUAUUUGAUAAACCCUAAUUAUUGGUGUUGCGGAUUCAACCUGCUCGAUUGAUUCUUCAAUUUAAAGUUUAAGGUUGCAACAAUGACAAGUCCAGCGAGAAAGAGACUAAUGUGGGAUUUCAAGAGACUGCAGAAAGAUCCUCCUGUGGGAAUAAGUGGAGCUCCUCAAGAUAACAAUAUCAUGCAUUGGAAUGCUGUCAUCUUUGGGCCUGAUGACACUCCAUGGGAUGGGGGUACUUUCAAGAUGACCCUUCAGUUCACAGAGGAUUACCCGAACAAACCCCCAGUUGUUCGGUUUGUUUCACGGAUGUUUCACCCAAACAUUUAUGCAGAUGGAAGCAUUUGCUUGGAUAUCUUACAAAACCAAUGGAGCCCUAUCUACGACGUUGCUGCUGUACUCACAUCAAUUCAGUCUUUGCUUUGUGACCCGAACCCUGAUUCACCAGCGAACGCAGAGGCUGCAAGGUUGUUCAGUGAUAAUGUACGAGAAUAUAACAGGAAAGUAAGAGAGAUCGUGGAGUUGAGCUAUGUGUAACAUAUAUGAUUUAGUUUGUUGUAUUGACUAUUUAAGUAAUUGGAGCUUGAUUAGUAGCAGUUAUCUUCCUAAGACUUAAGUGCUCUGUAACCUGAUUUUUAUCCAAUAUAUAUAUAUGAUAACUAUGAA